AUGCGAGGUCCGAAUGUCCGUGAGUUGUCAGAGGAGAUGGAUAGCCUUUUGCAAUGGCUGGAAAAUGAGAAGCACGAAAAAAUAAGCAAUAAAGAGCUCUUAUGCUUGGCGAUUGUUUACGAGAGACGUAAAGAGCAAGUUUCCAAAUGCUUCGGAUACAUACAACAACUUCCUUCGUUCUAUACGUGUCCGAUUCGGGUUCAAUUUCAUUUGACAGCUUCAAUUACUGAUUUUCGUGGUUUGAACCCUUUUCUGCUUGUUUGGUUGGACUCGGAACUGGAUUUGCUGCCUCAAACCGUGCGAGAGGCCGUAAAGAAGACUAAGCAGAACCUGCGCACUGACUUCUCAAAACUCCUGGAAACGGAAUCUGAAAUCAAGAAACGAUGA